UUCAUUGCCGAUAGAGGGCAGUCCAGCACUUAUCAUUUCCGUAAUCGAUCACACGACAACAUUGGCAUUUGACGAAUAAUUUGCAAAAAUGAUGAGUUACAUGCCUGAGAUGAAUUUUAAUGUAGACCAUGGGUAUUUGGAAGGUCUACUAAGAGGAUUUAAGAGUGGAAUUCUCAAACAGAGCGAUUAUUUAAACCUGGUCCAGUGUGAGACUCUGGAAGAUCUGAAAUUGCAUCUGCAGAGUACAGACUAUGGAAAUUUUCUGGCGAAUGAACCAAGUCCAUUAAAUGUAUCUGUGAUUGAUGACAAGCUGAAAGAGAAGCUAGUUAUAGAAUUUCAGCACGUUCGCAAUCAGUGUGUAGAACCCAUGUCCACAUUUCUGGACUACAUCACGUACAGUUACAUGAUAGACAAUAUCAUCCUCUUGAUUACUGGAAUUCUCCAUCAACGUCCAAUCAAUGAACUUAUUCCAAAAUGUCACCCGUUGGGAAGCUUUGAACAAAUGGAGGCCAUUCACAUUGCUUCGACUCCAGCAGAGCUGUACAAUGCUGUACUCGUGGACACUCCUAUUGCUCCAUAUUUCCUUGACUGUAUAUCUGAACAAGAUCUUGAUGAGAUGAACAUUGAAAUCAUCAGAAACACUCUGUACAAGGCAUAUCUUGAAGACUUCUACAGUUUUUGUCGAGAACAAGGUGGGGGAACUGCUGAUGCCAUGUGUGAAGCCCUUGCUUUUGAAGCUGAUAGGAGAGCUUUCAUCAUCACCAUCAAUUCAUUUGGAACAGAACUGACAAAAGAGGACCGAGCUAAGCUGUAUCCCCGCUGUGGGGAGCUCUAUCCCUAUGGGCUGCAGUUGCUGGCCAAGGCUGAUGAUUUUGACCAAGUGAGACAGGUGGCCGACAUUUACGGGAACUACAAGGACUUGUUUGAUGGAAGUGGUAAUGGCCCAGGAGAGAAAACUCUGGAGGACAAAUUCUUUGAACAAGAGGUGAAUUUGAUGAAGAAUUCAUUCAUGCAGCAAUUCCAAUUUGGCGUGUUUUAUGCCUAUGUGAAACUAAAGGAACAAGAAAACAGAAACAUUAUCUGGAUUGCUGAGUGUGUGGCCCAGCGACACCGAGCUAAGAUAGAUAGCUACAUUCCAAUAUUCUGAGCUCAGGACACUCACUGUAUACAAGCUUGUUAAUGCUACAAUAUAGCACUGACAGAUUGCCAAAAUGGGGGUAGUAGAAAUUUUAUAUUUAUUGAUUUUUACAUCUGUGAUUUUUGAAACAUGAAAGUAAACUAUGUUGAAAUUUAUUGAUACCAGCAAAGGACAUUAUGUUGUGUUGUAUAUAUAAGUUAGAAAAUAUUGUUAGGAAUAUCAUGUCUUAGAUGCAACAUAAUAUAAAAGUCUACCCCCAUAUGAAUAUAUUAAUUUGAUAUGUUAAGGGUACACGUUUUUGAAAUCCACUCUUGACAAUUUGUAGUUGGGUUGUAUUUCUUGCAUUCAUUUAUUGUAUCAGAUCAACUACCUAUAUCAUAACAAUCUAAUUAAAAUUAGACGUGUAAAUCCUCUCCCCCAUGAUACGCUUCAACUUAUAUUGAAGUGUAACGUAGAGGAGUGGAUUUACAAGUCUAAUUCUAAUCAGAUUGUCUAUCAUAAAAAAGUACUAGUUGUAGAAGAUUGUGAAACAAAUGGCUGACAGUACACCAUUUUGUUACAUAUAUAUUCUAGUCAGAUGUGUGAUUUUAAUUGAUGUUGACAACAGACUUGUUAAAGACGUGAAAAUGAACAAUGAUUUUAAUUGAUGUUGACAACAGACUUGUUAAAGACGUGAAAAUGAACAAUUUCCCUAUUACUGUUGAUGUGUAAUUGUUUUCAUGUUGUUGCGCCUAUAGCAUCCAACAUUUAGUAUGACAUUCCUUGUUUAAGCCUCGUCUGGUACAGUGGGCUUUUCUACAAGCUAAAUGUAUUCAAGAAAAUGUAUUAAAGUAAUUACAUAUUAUUAAUAAAUUUUUAGAGUUU